AUAACAUUAUAUUUCUGUACAUAGGUUGUAUUAUUGAAAAUUUAAAAUGAAAAUUAAAAAAAGAUCUAAUGCAAUAAGAGUGCCACCACUUAAAAAAGCAAUAAAAAUUAAACGAAAAUCAUCAGAAUUAGAAGAGGAAUCAACUGUAUCCAAAGCAAUUGAAAAUGUUAAAAAAGUACUUAAGAAAAAAAAUGUUGAAAUAAUAAACACAGCUUCAACUCCGAAAGUAGAAAAAUCAUAUAAAAUUAAUAAAACCAAAAUUAGACAAACAAAAUUUCAAAAAAAACAUUCAAGAGGUAUAAUAUAUUUAGGACAUAUACCUCAUGGCUUUUAUGAAGAACAAAUGACAGAUUAUUUUAAACAAUUUGGAAAUGUAACUAGAGUACGUGUUGUUCGAUCAAAAAAUACUGGUAGAAGUCGUGGUUAUGGAUAUGUGGAAUUUAUGUAUCCUGAAGUUGCUAAAAUAGCUGCAGAAACAAUGAAUAAUUAUCUUAUGUGUGGAAGAUUAUUAAAAGCUACAUAUAUUCCACCUGAAAAACAACAUAGUGGUUUUUUUGUUGGUAGAUCAUGGACAAAAGAAAUUUAUCCUAAAAUAAUAAAUAGAAAUAAAAUUACUAAGAUAAGAAAUGGAAAUAUUGACAAAAAAAAGCAUAUAAGAUUCGUACAAAGUACAAAAGAUAAAUUAUUUACUUUAGAAAAAAAAUUAAAAGAAAAAGGUUUUGAUAUGAAAUUUAUACCAAUUGAUGAUUCUAAAUAAUAUUAAGGAAUAUUUUUGUUAA